AGCCAACACUUUUGAGCGUCAAAGUGGUGCACACAAGAAAACGCCUCUAUACUUUCGUAACGACCAAAUCAGAAAAUCUUAAAACUUCGCCGGCCGGAGAGGCGCCGGAGCUAGGCGCUGCGUGCCAAAGCACCAUUUGGCACGGCCCGCCUCGUGCGACUUUUUCCUCUUGUCCCCUCGACAAAUCUAUGCACGGCCCGUCACCAUGCAAACCACAACGAACAGUGAUGUGCCACUAGCAGCAGAGACCUGUCAUCCACACGCCCCCGCCGGCGACAAUGGCGCCGCCGCCGUCGUCAUUGCUUCGCGACCUCCUCGCCGCUGAUGGCUUCAGAAACCGUCGCAAGCCGCCUGACAGUAACCCUCCGGCCGCCCCAAGGACCACGAGCAUGCCCCUCCAGCACCGGCGGCCGAGUAGGCCAGCACGGUCGCAGUCCGACGUCCUCACCCGCAGCCGCCUCAGAGAAACAAACAACGUCGGUACUAGCGAUGGCGACGGAGUCGACGCCGGCGAGGAGCAGCGGACCGCCACACGGAGGUCAUCGGCGUCGCUGAUGAGCGCGAGGAGCUACAACAACAACAAGGACAGCGGCGGCGGCGCCAUGAGGGGCGGCUCAGCUGCCGCGGUACCGGCUCUCGACGAGUCCGUGCUCACCGCGUUGAUCUCCCUGGUCGCGGGAGCCGUGAAGCGGUUCGUCAGGGACGAGGGCUUCCGCGCGUCGCUCCGCGGCGGGUGCAUGUCGUGCCUCGGCGGCGAGUCCAACCACCGGGCGGUCCUGGACCUCCGCGUGAUCGUGCACACCGUCGAGAGGGCCGCGAGCGAGGGGCUCGACGACCCGCGCGACCUGAAGCGCGCGUCGCUCAGGCUGCACGCCAUGGCGUCCCUCGACGCGAAGGAAGCGGACGCGGUGAGCGCGGCCGGCGUGCCCUACCAGCGCCUCGCCGCGUGCGCGCACCUGUACAUGUCCGUCAUCUCCAAGCUCCAGGAGAAGGACCACUCCUCCGCGGUGCACGUGCUGGAGGCCUUCUGCUUGGCGCCGCACGAGGCCCGCACAUCCCUGCUUCCCGCGCUCUGGGACAGGCUCUUCCGCUCGGGCCUCUCGCACCUCAAAGCGUGGCGUGACCGCGAGUCGGCGACCGCGGCGAGCUCGGAUACGAGGGUGAAGGACGUGGAGAAGAUGUUCGUAGAGGCAGUGGACGAUGGCACACGCGCGCUCGCAUGCUACUACAGAGAUUGGCUUCUGGGGCGCAGCCAAGCCAUGUCUCUCCCGGUUGUUCCUGCUCCUCCCAGCACCGUUCUUGCCAGCGCGCUGAGGUUCUCGACGUCGACGUCCUAUGACAUUGGCUCGGAUGUCGCUUGUAGCUCCGGGAGUUACAGUCCAGCUGUAAAGUUUGCGCUCGACGAGACUCCAUCACAAUAUGAUCGAGAGAUCGAAGAGGAAGAAGAAGCAGAGGUGGACGAGAAGACAGCAGAUGCAGAAAGCGUGUUCCAUGAGUGCGAUGGCACUGAACCGAAGAGCUACACUCACUCACUUCAGACAGAAGAAAACGAGCUAAUGCCUGACAAGCUAGCCAACGAGGCAUCUGAACGAAAGAGUGAAGAUGAACGGAGCAGACAACCAGAUGAGUCAACGAGUUAUGUGCCAAUUUCUGAUAUCACGGCUAUUGACCUUCCUACACUCGAGUUCUGUGAAGGGCCUGAUCUCCAGAGUGACACAGAUGGCAGUCAAAUAUCCAUUUUUGCCACCAUUCCUAGUGAUUUCCUCUGUCCACUGACGAGGCAGAUCUUCAACCGUCCGGUGACAAUCGAGACAGGUCAGACGUUCGAGCGGCAUGCUAUAGUUCAGUGGUUCGAUAAAGGCAUCAGAAUGUGCCCAAUUACAGGUCAAGAACUUGAAAGCCUGUCGAUUCCAGACAUAAACCGUGUGUUAAAACGCUUGAUCGAUAACUGGAAGUCCGAACACUGCAAAACUCUGAACUCUGAAAGUACAUGUCCUGAAAAGGAGUUAACUGCAACAUUCGUAGAGAAUGUCCUUUCUUCUGAAUGCGAGACGUCUGAAAAACUUGAGAAGGCAAGGCGUCUUAUGGCAAUCGGUGGCAUAGACUUUCUUCUGCAUAAAUUUCAUGGAGGAGGAGAAGAUGAGAAGGCACAAGCAGCUGAGCUCCUUUUGCUCUGCAUCAGGGCAGAAGGAAGCUGCAGAAACUACAUGGCCAUAAGGAUUUGUAACUCAAGUGUUGUUCAGCUUCUCCACAGUGAGGUGAUUUCAGCAAGGAGUUCUGCAGUUCGUCUGCUUGUUGAACUGCUCUGCCUGAAAAGAAGGGAAAUAGUUGAAUUGUUCCUACGUGGAUUGCGCACAGAGUUGACAAUGGAGACUAUGAAUCUACUACUCGAGCAUCUCCGACGCUCGCCAAACGAAGAACAAGCUCUGGGUGCUGUUCUACUCCUGCAUUUUGAUCAUGCAUUGGUGGAGCCACACAGAGAUAGCGUAUACAGAGAAGAGGCUGCCAAGAUCAUCACACAUUCUCUGAGAUGCUCCCUGUCUGAAGAAAAUGUCGUUGCCAACAUCAGGAAAGCACUGCUGCUGCUGGGAGGGCAUUUCUCCUUCUCGGGCGACCUCCUUGCAGAGGACCGGAUGCUGAAACAAGCCGGCUUCGUCGACGGCUCACGUGUCACGCGUGCCGAUUCUGACGCUGCCGUACAGGACAAGGGAAGAGACGAAGACGAGGUGUGGCUGAGGGAUGUGACCGCGGCGCUACUCGGCAGCGGGAGGAGGCCGUUCCUGGAGGCGCUGUCCAUGUGCAUGAGCUCUCCCAACCACGACCUGGCGGCCGUGUGCCUGACGACGGCUGCGUGGCUGAGCCGGUCGCUCGCGUCGAUCGACGCCGCCGACGUGCAGCUCGCCGCGUUCUCGGCCCUCAUCCCGCGGCUGAAGCAGCGCCUCGCCGGCGACCGGUCGCAGGCUCAGCAUCGGGUCCUCGCGUCCGUGACACUGUACAACUUCAGCAAGAUCCCAGACUGCAGGGCCUUGCUGAUGCUGCUGGCUGACGGCCUUCGCGAUCACCUGGUCGAGCUCGCGGAGCUGACAUGGACGGCCGGUCAACUGAUCACCGAGCUCCAAGAGUGACGUUAACCUCCGCCACGACGCCCAGCGUACGCUACAUGCAAGUCGCCGGAGCGCCUCUCGUGUUCGUGGAAGAUUCAGCGGAUGGAGCCCGCUGAUUUUCUUGCCCCCUUCAGAGUUCAGAAUCGUCUCAGCUCCAAACAGUUAUCGGACAGAGACGGCACGCUAUGUAAAUGUUGAUGCGUACGGUAGAUUAUACUAUACCUUGUUUAGUCGUUUUCUCUCUUCUUGGGUAACAUAUUCGACGAGCCGGCCGCUGUGAAUAUAAUUUGAUUAUGCCUGACGGAGUCCUUGACGUUUGUACUUCUGAAUAUUUUUGGGGGGCAAAAUCCAGUCUUUCAAUUGGUUAUUUCCACUUGCAGAACUUUAGUGGUGGAUUAGGAUAUUUUUGUCAGGCACUUAUCAGUGAUCACAAGUCCCUUUAGGUGCUAAGAUUUUGAACAGCAGCACUUGAUAAAGAGAUUUCACUAAGGUGAGACCUAUAAGUA